AUGUCGAAUUUAUUUUUUCCUUCGUUUCCACCAAACAUCUCUUUAAAUCAAUUAAUAAAACCUUUGAAUCGCAAACAAAAAAAGCCUACUAAAGCUCCAAAUGCAUUUAUAAUUUAUCGAAUUAACUAUUGUCGCGAAAUCUUGAACAAUGGAAGGUUAUCUCAGCCAAGAAUUUCUUCCAUGGCGAGUCAAGCUUGGAAGCUAGAACCUCAAUAUGUUAAAAAAACAUAUCAUAACUUCGCCAAACAGGCUCAAGAAAUUUAUUUGGCUACUAAGAAUCACGGUAGAUGUCAGCCAGAAAAUGCGUAUGAGGAAGUUCAUGCAGCAACCGAAAGUGAUGCCUUAAUCGAUAAUCAAUCAGAAAAUGGGUAUGAUGGCGUUCAAGCAACAAUCGAAAAUGAUGACUUGACCGAUAAUCAACAAAACGGAAUUGUCGAGGGAAUAGAAAUUAAUCCUUUAAUAACUGGGAAUGUUGAGAUUUCUUUUAACAAUCCAUAUGUUGAUAUCAACGUUGAUUCCGAACUCAUGAAUAUGCAAAAUCGCCUUGUUACUCUUGAGAACGAACUCGUCUCAAUGAAUACUAAGUAUGAGAAUGAAAUAAUUUCAAUGAGACAGACUAUAUCAGAAUUGAACCUUAAACUUAAGCAAUAUUAUACUUUAUCUGGAAUUUAG